CUAGAGACGUGAAAUCUUGCUAAUAUUGACUGCAUGUGGGAAUAGCUCCAGUGGAAAUAUUUAGAUUCUAAUACAUCUUUCUACCUGAUUCCAACUUUUUAUUACUUCCCUUGUGAAAAUUCAAGCAGCGUGAAGGAGAGCUAAAACUCAUACGCUUCUGGCCAGUCAUACACUUGUGCAACUGUGCAUGCCAUUUAUUACUUUAUUAGUUAGCACUAUGUAUGAAGUGAAGAGUGCAACUGCUGUCGCUUUAAUGUCAGAGCAGCAUACAUUACAAUAGGUGUCACUGUGCGGCUGAGUCCAAUCGUUAUCGGUGACUUCAGCUAUUGGCUCUGAAUGCUGGCUGACUCCAUCUGCAGGGCUGCAAUACCUACUCUGUUCCGAUCCGCUCAACGCACAAGUUCAGCUCACUGAGCAGACUAGCAGCAGUGCUACUGUGCACAUCUUGCUAGCCCCCUUCAGAAAGCCAAUGCUACAGCCUAGUGUGUACCCUCUUCACAGGGUAUAGUGCUUUCAGGCAAUUCCAGAUCAGGAAAUCUGGAAGGAAAUAAAACUGGCAGGAAUGAUGGGGAUGUAUUUAAUGAUUCAAGUACUGGAUCAAACUUAAAGCCAGUUUCUUACUCGGUGCACUGGAAAGGUCACCUUGUCUUGCUGGAGAAGAAGCAGACUCUCAGCUUUGCUGCUCUAUGUUUAACAGCUUCCAUGUGCAUUUCUUAAUGUUUCUGGCUAGUUAGGCUAUCAGGCUUUACCGACAAGUAUACUCAUGGUAGAUGAGAAAGGAAAGAACAUGAAAUGUCUCACCUUCUUCUUGAUGCUUCCAGAGACGGUCAAGAACAGGUCCAAGAAGAGCUCUAAGAAGGGAAAUAGCAGCAGCAGCAGCAGCAGCAAAUUGCCUCCAGUUUGCUAUGAAAUCAUUACCUUGAAGACAAAAAAGAAGAAGAAGAUGGCUGCUGAUAUUUUUCCACGAAAGAAACCAGCCAACACUAAUACAACUGCUGUCCAGCAAUACCACCAGCAAAAUCUCAAUAACAACAACACUAUUCCGGCACCUAAUUGGCAAGGGCUUUAUCCAACCAUCAGAGAGAGAAAUGCAGUAAUGUUCAACAAUGACUUGAUGGCAGAUGUUCAUUUUGUGGUCGGGCCACCAGGUGGGACCCAGCGGCUGCCAGGACACAAAUAUGUCCUGGCUGUUGGGAGCUCUGUAUUCCAUGCGAUGUUUUACGGAGAGCUUGCUGAGGACAAAGAUGAAAUCCGUAUACCAGAUGUUGAGCCUGCUGCUUUUCUCGCAAUGUUGAAAUACAUAUACUGUGAUGAAAUUGAUUUGGCUGCAGACACUGUACUGGCCACUCUUUAUGCUGCCAAGAAGUAUAUUGUUCCUCAUCUUGCCCGCGCCUGUGUCAACUUUCUAGAGACGAGUCUAAGUGCAAAGAAUGCCUGCGUGCUGCUUUCCCAGAGCUGCUUAUUUGAGGAACCUGACCUGACCCAGCGCUGUUGGGAAGUGAUUGAUGCCCAAGCUGAGCUAGCUUUGAAGUCUGAGGGGUUCUGUGACAUUGAUUUUCAGACACUUGAGAGCAUUCUCCGAAGGGAGACUUUGAAUGCCAAAGAAAUUGUUGUUUUUGAAGCAGCUCUGAACUGGGCUGAAGUGGAGUGUCAGAGACAAGAGCUAACAGCUACCAUAGAGAACAAGCGCAAAGUCCUCGGGAAGGCACUGUACUUGAUACGCAUCCCUACCAUGGCGCUGGAUGACUUCGCAAAUGGUGCUGCUCAGUCUGGAAUUUUGACUCUCAACGAAACCAAUGAUAUCUUCCUCUGGUACACAGCAGCCAAAAAGCCAGAGUUACAGUUUGUAAGCAAGCCUCGGAAAGGUCUUGUUCCUCAGCGAUGCCACCGUUUCCAGUCCUGCGCUUACCGCAGCAACCAGUGGCGCUACAGGGGCCGGUGUGACAGCAUCCAGUUUGCUGUUGAUAAGAGGGUGUUCAUUGCUGGCUUUGGGCUCUACGGCUCCAGCUGUGGAUCAGCAGAGUACAGUGCCAAGAUUGAACUCAAACGACAAGGAGUUAUCCUAGGCCAGAACUUGAGUAAAUAUUUCUCAGAUGGUUCUAGUAACACUUUUCCUGUGUGGUUUGAAUAUCCAGUGCAGAUUGAGCCUGACACCUUUUACACAGCUAGUGUGAUUCUGGAUGGUAAUGAACUCAGUUAUUUUGGACAAGAAGGAAUGACGGAAGUUCAGUGUGGAAAGGUGACUGUUCAGUUUCAGUGUUCUUCGGACAGUACAAAUGGCACUGGGGUACAGGGAGGGCAAAUUCCUGAACUCAUAUUUUAUGCUUGAAUGAAAGUGUGUAGAGACAAAGCAUUUUGCUAUGAAGAACCUAUCUGGUUCAGGCCUGCUGACGCUUAGCUUUUUGUCUGCAGAUACGUGAUCAGUACAGGUAAUAAGUAACUAAAUGCUGUGGGGAAGUUACUGACUUGCUGUAAUUGUAGCAUCAUUGGUGAUGAAGUGUAAAAUUUGACUUUAAACUGGAAGCUCUUAGGAAUGAGCACGUUUUGAAGGCUUUCUAAGAGGGCUGCCUGUUUGCUGGUGAUGCUGACCCUUUCUUUGAUGCACUUGUGAAUCACCAGAGGAUGUCCCUCUCUUGUAUCUCACUAAACACUUUCUUCAUUGAUCCAUUUUAUCAUACUCCAUUUCCUGCUUUCUGCUCAUAAUUAUUUGGGGACAUAGAGGUAGAAAAUGAAGCUGUCUUUUAUAGCUCUUUCUUCUCCCUGCUCUUCCAACUUAGAAGAUUCUAAUAAUGAACUGCUUUUGAUUAUCAGAGCCAAAAGGAAUGCUUCAGUUGUAAACAGAAAAAAACAUAGGUUUAAACCUUCAUCCUGUUAGUCUUCUGUGGCCAGUUGUUUGGGAUGGCUGCAGGGGAUGAUGGUGAGAAGCAUGCCGCUUUUGGGAAGCUAUGCAGGAUGCUGGCCAUGUCCACAGUGUGUGGGCAUGUUUACAGCAAGGAGGGGGAUGUGGUCUUGGCAAGUUACCCUCAGAGUUCAUUUUCUAGGAAUCCCACCUCAAAGGCAGGGAAGUACUUGCACGUGUUCAAAUUGUAAAUGCAGCUCUUGCAACUCUACUCCUAUGACCUAGUUUUUGCUUUAUUGAAGUUAAUUUGCUAUUUAAAUGGUUUUUGUUUGAACCCUUGCUGAAUAAAUGCAAAUUAAUAUCUAUCGUCCCAUGCAGGAUAAUUUUUUGUUUGUUUCGGGUGGGAUUUUUUAUUUCCUCCUAAACAUGGUAGAGGCAGAUUAUAGAGGAACAAAAGAAUGUACCAAUCUUGACUUGGACUUUUUUCUGUAAUAUGAAAUUUCUUCUUUUUUCCCCUGUGCAUUAUCAGUGGAAAUUUAGGCAAAGACAGAAGAUUCCCAGCUGUGGUCAUUACACUUAGGUCAUCAGAUAACAGUGAAGAGGAGGAAGUCUUUUCUAGUGUGCUAAUGUUGGAUCUCCUGCAACUGCUUAGGUUACACAUCAAUAAGAGGAUUAUGUGCUACAGAACUUUUCCCUUGCCUGGUUCCUCCCCCCAACACACUUCCUGUUACAUGUCUGUAUCAUUUUUGGAGAAGUAUUAACGAUUAUGACUCACAUAAGGAAACCAGUAUAUAUCAGAAAUGCAGGUACCAUUUCCUUGGGAUGGUUGCUUCUUGGAGGCAUACUACCUAUUGUAAAGCAUCUCGUUCUUAUUUCACCUCUGAAGUGGAUUCUGUUUGUUGCGUAUGUUUUAAUGAAAUGAGAGGACCAAAUGAUUCUUUAGACAGACUGAAGAUUAAUGUUAUAGUAUAUCAACACAUUAAUGUAGCGUAACGCUAAAUUCACUUGUCAGUUUUGUAAUAAAAAUGUUUUUCUCAUAUGAUUUCUUACCAGUUUAAUCCUAUUACUCUAAGUGUUUCUUGACGUUUGGAUUCCUGGCCUCUGGCCAUAGUAAAGUGCCAAUACUUCUUUUCAGUGUCCAAAAUACCAUCUGAAAUAAGGAAAAUGAGCAUAGGCAUCAAACACUUUAUGGCCAAAGCCCAGGUCUUCUCUCUAGGUAAUAAAAGAAGAGUCAGGUACCCUACAAGGUCUGUGCUUUUCACCCAUCUUAGUGUUUAAUGUUUUAUAUACAUACACACACAUAUGUAUGUAAGCAACCUUGUUUCUGAAAUGUAAAUAUUCUCAAAAUAUAUAGAAAAAUGUUUUCAUUUUUUUUUGUGACAGAUGUACAUAAUCCAGACUGUUAGUGAAAUCUAAACAGAAUGCUCCAUGGAAGACUCCCAGAGAGAGAUUUUAAAAAAUUUCAGUUAAUUCUAUUUAGGUCUGCAGCAUAAAAUAGACAAGAACAUAAUUUUAUGGACUGGAGAAGGAGUUACUGAAAUGACUGCAGAAGGGAAUGUAAGAUUGUGAUGAGGUAAUGGUCAUCUACUUUUAGACAACAUCUGAGCUGCAGUUCCAUGAUUUAAAUACAUUUGAAAUCAGAGAAAGAUGUUAAUCAGUUGAUGAAGUUUUCUUACAGCAAGCAGUUGAUGUAGAUGUAAUUACUCUGAGUGAUGAUCAGAUUGACAAGUUGCUUGCAGUAGCAAGCUGCAUUCUGAGUUGUUUGGAAAAAAAUCAGGUGCCUCAGCUGGUGGGACAAAUCACGAGUACUGUACUGGUAUAACUACACUUAGAUUCUCACUUCUAAUUUUUUUUUUUUGUUUUUUUUUUUUUACUUACCUGCAAAUAAAGGUUGAGGUAUCUGCUGCAUUGACUGGCUGGAACAGAAGUUAGGAGAUCAGAAUACUGUGUAGCUGUAAUAUGUAGGAAAAGAACUGUUAUUUAAUUAUUAUUUUUGUUUGCUACUGUUAUGAAAUCUUUUUGACUAAGUAGGAUGAAAGCUACCUCUAGCUUAAUUCCAUUGAAUUCAUUCCAGGUUUUAGGAGCUGGUGCAUGUAAAGUUUUUCAAUAUGAAUGAAUAAACACAAGCACCUCAAACCACUUUUUGAUGCUUCUAGUGCGACUUAAUUCUGAGUGCUGCCUGAUACUAACAAGUGGUUAGUGUAUAAGAAGGUGGCUAGUACCAGUCACUUUAGGACAUCUGGACACUUAAAUAGGUGUCUGAAUACGGAUUUGGUUGAUUUAGCAGUAGCAUAUUCAAUAUGUUGAUUUGACAUUUUGCAUGCUUCAGGCCAUAUCAGCCUGAAAGUUAAGCAUAAUAUCACUAAUAGAUCCUUUCAUAGAUUCUGUCAUAAACUAUACCUGGCCAUCUUUGCUACCUGCAUAUUUUAUUUUCCUGGUGAGCAGAAUCUGUGACAAGAGUGUAACAUAAUAUACUUUCCGAAUAUCUAAACCAGUAUUUAAGUAAACAUUUUGAUUUCUACAUAUUUAUUGCACUGAACUGUUUCGGUUUGGUUUUUGUUUGUGAUGAUAAACUCAGCUAACUUCAGGUCCCAGCAGCCUUUUUUUCUGGAGCAGUGUAUCACCUUAGCAGGCUUAAAGCAUUAUUUAUAAAGGACACAUAUAUAUAAAUAUGAAGUACCUCAUGUUGAAUGUUAUUGUACUGUACCCUUAAUGUCACGGUGCAGAUCUUGUUGGACUCAUGAAUGUGUAUAAUUGCGCUAAACACAAAUAAAAAUGGUUCUUAAAGGGUUGUUUCCUGCAGUA